AAUAAUCAGUGACUGGUGAAAUUACUUUAAUGCUCCUCUCUCUCGCAGCGCCGCGCAUUCUUCGCCUUUCUUCACCCAAACCCUAAUCCCAACUCCCUUCUUCUCUCCGUCGCCCCGAUCUCCGACGUCGCACGUUUUCGCGCACUCGAGCUACGCCUGAUUUAUAGAUCGUGGAUUUCAGGUGGUCAAUCCUGGCGGAAGCUAACGUCGGGUGAUGGCGGAUCCGCGCCGUUUCCGCCCCCGCUACUGCUGCCUGUCUGGAAUCAGCUUUGAGUCAGUGAGAUCGGACGCCAGGGUCGGUGACGAGGUCUUGAUACUACGGUUUGGCAUUGGGAGGGACGAAUUGGACGCUUCGGAAGUAUGCUGACCGUGCUCCGGGUUCAUCUUCCGUCCGAGAUCCCCGUCGUAGGUUGCGAGAUCACGCCCUAUGUCUUAUUGCGCCAGCCGGAUGGCUCCAUCUCGAAUGAUGACGUACCCGAGUCCACCCCGCUCAAUGGUUACUGCAUGAGAUAUAGGUGGUAUAGAAAUCUAGGUGAUCAGAAAGUUGCCAUAUGCAGUGUACAUCCAACUGAGCCUGCAACUCUACAAUGCUUGGUUUGUCUAAAGGAGAAGGUGCCUAUUACCAAAAGUUAUCAUUGUAGUCCCAGGUGCUUCUCUGAUGCUUGGCAGCAUCAUCGUGCAUUGCAUGAACAGGCUAAAAAAACACAAACUCAAAAUGGAGCUGAAGAGGAAGAGGUGUUUGGACGUCUAAAUAGUAGUGGAUCUGGUAAUUUUGCUUCUGGUUUAUCUGGUGUCACAUCAAAUUCUGGUCCAUUGUCUGUGUAUCCUACAACUGUUGUUGACAAAAAUGGAGAAGCAUGGUCUGAAGUUGGUCUUUCUAGGACAUACACACCCACAGCUGAAGAUAUUAACCAUGUUCUUAAGUUUGAAUGCAUUGUGAUCGAAGCAGAGACAAGAUCAAAUAUUGGAAAUGUCAAUACCGUUUCGACAUCACGAGUAAUUCCAGCCCCUUCACCUACUCCACGUCGAAUGAUUCCUGUGAAUGGAGAUCUCUUGGGGCAAUUAGAUCUAGAUGGACGGACAUCUUCUGGGACAUUUUCUGUUCUCUCAUACAACAUUCUCUCUGAUGUGUGUGCCACAAAUGAGGCAUACAGCUACUGCCCAACAUGGGCUCUCUCAUGGCCCUACCGGAGGCAAAAUUUGUUACGGGAAAUUAUUGGUUACCAUGCUGAUAUUAUUUGUCUCCAAGAGGUCCAAAACGACCAUUUUGAAGAAUUUUUUGCCCCAGAACUUGACAAACAUGGAUAUCAAGCACUUUACAAGAAAAAAACCUCAGAGGUAUGCUUUCAAAUUGAAUAUUUUCAAAAGAAAUUCCAUGUUCUUUCUUUUGUAGCUUUUUUAAUACUACCUUUGAUUCAGGUUUAUAGUGGCAAUCCAGAUACUGUUGAUGGUUGUGCUACAUUUUUCCGCAGGGAUAGGUUUUCACAUGUCAAAAAAUAUGAGGUUGAGUUCAACAAGGCCGCACAAUCUUUGACAGAUGUUGCAAUUCAAGCUGGUCAGAAGAAAGUUGCUUUAAGCCGUCUUAUUAAGGAUAACAUUGCUUUGAUUGUGGUCCUGGAAGCAAAAUUUAGUAACUAUGGCACUGAUAAUCCUGGAAAAAGGCAGCUAAUUUGCGUUGCAAACACCCAUGUAAAUGUCCAUCAUGAGCACAAGGAUGUUAAACUGUGGCAGGUACAUACCCUCUUAAAGGGUCUGGAGAAAAUUGCUGUUAGUGCGGAUAUUCCUAUGCUGGUCUGUGGAGAUUUUAACUCUGUGCCGGGAAGCGCUCCUCAUGCCUUACUGGCGAAUGGAAAACUUGAGCAUUUGCAUCCUGACUUGGCCGUGGAUCCCUUGGGGAUCCUGCAUCCUACACACAAGAUAACUCAUCAACUACCAUUGGUUAGCGCGUACUCAUCAUUUGCAAGAAUGGCGGGAGUAAGCCUUGGAUCAGAUCAACAGAGGAGGAGAGUGGAUGCCACAACACAUGAACCUCUGUUUACAAAUUGUACCAGGGAUUUUGUUGGCACUGUUGAUUACAUAUUUUACACUGCGGACUCUUUGUCAGUGGAAUCCCUGUUGGAGCUAUUGGAUGAGGAAAACCUACGCAAGAACACUGCUAUUCCUUCUCCGGAAUGGUCAUCUGAUCAUAUAGCAUUGCUAGCAGAAUUUAGGUGCAAGCCUAGAAUUAGACGUUAAAACAAGUAGUUGUUUGGUUUCAUUUGUUGUCUGUUGUGUUAAACAAAAGAGAUGGUAAAUCAAGAAGCCUGUCACCUGGUCAUUUUCCAAAGGAGGUAGAUAUUUAUUUUCACUGUUGUUUCAUUACGUAUAUGUACCAUGGUGUGCUCAUCUAUAUCAAUUACAUGUACCAUUGCACUGUUUGAUAGCUAAUUCCACAAAUAUGUUCCAUUUUGUUAAACUCCUUUUCAAUAGGAUUAAGCCAUACUUUGACUAAAACCACAGAUUUAGGAAUUCAAUUACAAGUUCACAGCUAUCA